AUGCGCUCAACGCAGUCCGGGCGCAUCGUCAAGCCCCGGAGGGGGCACGGCAGCACUCCCCACCAGAAGAACCACCGCUGGGAGUCCUUCACCACCAAGAUAUCCAAGCUGCACUCCCUCGACCCUCUCCGAAAAGUCCGGCGGCACGAUCUCGACGCCGAAGACCUCGAAUCCACCACCUCCUACUUCCGCAACGGCCUAGAAAAAUGGACCGAUACCUGUAUCGCCAAGGGCUUCACCUCCUUCCGCCGCGAGGUCCGGCCCUUUUGCGACAGCCUGCCUCAGAUCCUGCACUUCGAGGACAGGAUCAUGCAGUUACUGGUGAAAUACAUAUCCGUCCACGAGUCCGAAUCGCUAGAGCCCCUCCUCGAUCUCGUUACUGCCUUAGCGCAUGACCUGGGCGCGCGCUUCGAGAGGCAUUACCCGGCUGCUUUGUCGUUGAUAAUUGGAAUUGCUAGCAAGCCUCGGGAUGCUGCCGUCAUCGAGUGGACAUUCGGCUGCCUGGCGUUCCUUUUCAAGUACCUAUCCAAGCUGCUGGUCCCGGACAUCCGACCAACCUUCGACGCCUUGUCGCCGCUGCUGGGCAAGGCCCGGAAUCCUCCUUACAUUGCUAGGUUCGCGGCCGAAGCCUUGAGCUUCCUCGUCAAGAAGGCAGCGGCACCUUCUCAUCGAGAAAAGACGCUGCCCCUGUUGGUUGAACAUAUCAGGGCGGAUCUCGAGGCUUGCAGAGACGACCGGCAGUUUGGAUUGUAUCACCAUGGGCUGAUGACCAUGUUUGCGGAGGCUAUCAAAGGGCACGGAAAUGGCAUUCACACCAACGGGCCCACGCUCGUCAAGGCCUUGAUUUCGUCGGUACCGAAUGAUGAAUGUAUCUCGGCUGACCCAGUAACCUGGUGCGACCUCGUCUGCGGCGUGCUCGUGAGCAUUGUUCAUCAUACGGCCGCCGAAACGUUCGAGUCCAUCCCGAAAUCUAUAGUCGAAAGUGUCGCGGAGGACAAACGCCGUGUCGAGCAUCCGUUGCGUAACUGUCUAUAUAUACGGCUUCUGGGCACCGUAUCAGGUGUUCGAAAGGGCAGUCGGAUACCCGACUGGUCGUUAAUCCUCGACUGCCUACUCGAGUCUCUCAAUGCCUUGACGAAAGUGCCCGCCAAUCUCGAAAAUAUUGAUUCUGCGGCUGUCUGGCGCCAUCUCAUCACCAAUAUAGCUAUCGUAUGGCAGCAAGCCUCGAUGGAAUGUAUAAUUCCGCGUAUCGCUGAUUUUACCAACAUCAUGACACGAGAGCCCCUGAUGAGAUGGUUUAUACCGUUUUGCUCCUACUUUUCCGACUUGGAUUCCGUCAGAUUCCGCAGUGUCCUACUAAAGCCGUUCCAAAAAUUUGUGACGAUGCAUUGGUCUGAAGGAUCCAACGAAGAUAUGCUCUGCGUUUUCCUACCCCGUAUGGUGGAAUCGCACGCCCUGCCCUCGGUUACCGACUCUGACAACUUUUCGUUGCCCCAGUCAUGGCAAGAUCAAAUCGUCACCAAAUUUGAACGUUUAGAGGUUUCCCCCUUUCCCGAGCAAGGGACUUCUGCCGGAUACGACAAAGACCCGAAGACGUGGCGUGACAAAUGCCUACCCAAAUAUUCGGCCCUUCUCCGUGUUUUGGAAUCAACUACUGUCCGGCCGUCGACAAACGGGCCCAUCGCUGAAUUGUUGUUGAGGAAGCUGAAGCUCGCGCUGAAGCCCUCUCUGUCCCUGGCCAGCGAAGAAGCACAUUUCAUUAUCAGCCAGGGGUUUUCCGCCUACCUCCGGAUGAGUAAGAUCACGGGGAAGAUCGAUAGUUCUCUUGAGCCGUUGUUGAAGGCAGCUACUCCUCGGUACCGCCGCCUUGUCGGAUUCUUAGAAGCGAUGAUCGCCUACGAAGACCAGCUCAAUGCUAAUAGGAGUCCUCAAUCGCACAGCGAGAAGAGCGCUAACAGCGAGGCGGAAGAAGAUCCGUUCAUGAAGAGCCUCAUCGAUAACCUAUCCAGCCCUUCGCGCCAGCACCGAUUGGCGUCCUUGCAGUUGCUCAGCCGACUUGAUACGGCGCCCGACCAGCUAGACUCGCUAGCAACUAUGUUACGGAUUGAGGAAACGCCGCUGGACUUACAAAAUGUUCGGCUCGUUUCCGUCUACCUUCGAAAACUGGCGGCAAACUACUCCCAACUUACUCAAGAUUCGUGGCUGCGGCAAGCCAUUCCGACCUUCCUCUUUGGGCAGUUGACGGUACGGUUGACACCGAUAUGUGAUUCCGCAGUAGAAGCAUUGCAGCAGAUAUGCGAGGUAAAAUCGGGCGAAGACGUCGUAUGUGAGAUCGCCUUUAACUGGGUCGAUGUCUCACCCAAACGGGGAGACGGUCCGCAGAAAGUAUCGCUAGCCUCGCCAAACGCCGGCGUCACCGACUUUGAAUGCCGGUAUCUAGCGAGCCUGUAUAGGCGAGCCGAAGAAGCAGAGCACGUGGUUUACUGUUCAUCCGAGAUUAUGCUAGAGAAUUUCGAAGGCAAUCAGGGCCUUGUGCCCCAAGCGCCUGCUAAUGCGAGGUCUCAGGCGCUCAAGGUCUUCUCAGCCGCUCCUAGCAUCGCCGAGAAGCGGUCCCGCCAAUUGGUCCCCUACCUGCUGUCGUGGACUAGGGAUGCUGAUGAACAAGAUGAAGACGCGACGGGACCAUCCGACCCAGUUGAAGGUGUACCAUGGUCUCUAUUUGACAGAGGGGCGCUUAUCGGCGUAUUUUCCAAAUUUACCAACCCUAAGGUACUAUAUCAGAACCAGCAGGUAUAUAGUUCGCUUUUAGGGUUGCUUGCCAAGGGCGACAUAGAGAUCCAAAAGUCCGCUCUUAAGGCCAUUCUCGCUUGGAAGCAAGAGGGGAUCAAGCCUUACCAAGAAAAUCUAGAAUACCUCCUUGACGAAGCUAGGUUCAAAAAUGAGCUCACGGUACUAUUCCAAGGCGACCACCAGAUUCAACUAGAGCAUCGCGCGGAAGUGAUGCCCGUCCUUCUUAGACUGCUCUACGGAAGAACAAUUUCCAAAAAAGGCAUCGCCAGUGGGCGGCACGGCCUCCACGCCACCCGGCUUGCUGUUCUGAGACAGUUAAGCGUGGAGGAUAUGGGAGAAUUCCUCGAUAUUGCCCUAGGCGAUCUUCGUGGCGUGAUUGUCGUGGAGGACACUCAAUUGCGCGAAGAUGUUUUCGACCACGGAAUUUUAACUACGCGGAAGCAACUCGGCUUUUCCAACAUGAUGGAGGCUAUGAUUAACGAGCUCGGCACUGGUGUUCUAUCUUUUGCCGACAAAAUACUGCACGCAGUACUGUACUGUCUCAUAUUUUCUUCUCGGAGGAUUAACCAGGCCGAUACGGAUAUGGAGGACGACUUACCAACGCAGAACUCCCUGCUUAGAGCUGUCAGGGGCACAUCGUUGAAGUGCGUGAUUUCGCUCCUCCGGAAUGCCCCUAGCUUCGACUGGAACCCUUAUAGAGAGGUCUUCAUCAAGGAGAUUGUGAGCCCGCGUCUUGAGAAGCUCCCCGUCGAAACGACCCAAGGCAUUUCCGGCACCCUCCAGUUCCUCGCAACGCUAUCUCAGAUUCCGAGGACUGCGUUAUUCCUCUCCGUGGAUAAACGCAUCCUUGGCCAGUUGAUGGAAUGCUUGAAAUUGGAGAAGACUAAGGACGAGGUCAAGAUAUUCUCUCUGAGUAUUGUCCGGAGCCUGGUAGAGCUUUCCCGGCAACCAGCCGAGCAGUCCGAGUUCAACGAGCUGAUUCAGGAAGAGCUCCUGGACCCUAAUAUUAAUAUCAUAUUAGAAAGUAUCGGCGCCGUCCUGAAAUUCCGCGGGGAAAUUGGCAGGGAUCUCCUCAUGGCAUGUGUUGAGUCUGUAGUAGAGCUAUCCUCUCUCGUUCAAAAAUCGGCCCAUGUCACGGAACUCAUUGACGUUUCUAUUUCCCUUCUUAAUCAACCGUCGCGGCGCGUGAACCCCAGAGCCAAGGGGCUUCUUCUAUCCAUGCUCGGGACAUUCAUUCGACUCGCGGGCUCCGAUCUUCAUUCCCAGUUGAGAGAUAGGAUUUACUCUACGACAGCGUCGCUUUUCGGCUUUUUCAAAGACCGGACGAACCGACAAGCAUUAUCAGAUGUCCUUGCUGCGUUGUACCAAGACGAUCCGCAGCAUCACGAAUUGUCUGCGCUAUGUGCUGAUCUCAACUCGUAUCAUAGCACUCGGGUCGACGAGCCUGACUACGAGAAGCGACUGACAGCCUUCAACGCCAUUUCACAGCCGAGGGAGACACCAUUUACAUCACGAGAUUGGGAGCCAUUACUUCACAACAUGGUGUUUUACAUUCGACAUGAUGAGGAAUACGGGAUCUUAUCUGCUAACUCUGCGGAUGGCAUGUGCAAAUUUAUAGAAACAACUGCUAACUCGAAGGGCGAAGAACGGGAAGGUUUUCACAAAAUGCUCUCCGAUAUCUUAAUACCGUCUCUUUACUCUAACGUGCGGGAACAAUCGGAGACCGUGAGAAGAGAAACUGUGCGAGUCUUCGGUUCUCUAGUUUCUCAAAUGCCAUCCUUGCCAUCGGUAACGGAUCUUGUCGUCCUUAAUCCCCCUCCAGACGAUGACGAUCCCGACCCCAGUUUCUUCAACAAUAUCCUCAGCCCCGCAACAGCCAGACAAAUGCGAGCCCUUCAGCUCUUGACUAAGGCAAACCACUACUCGCCAUUGAACAGCAAAAAUCUCACCCAGUUCUUUGUGCCCCUUCUCGAGCAUUUCAUUUUCAACCGAGAAGAGGGAAGCAAUGACUACGGCGUGGGCGCGCAGGCGGCCUCAACAAUCGCAGAUAUAGCCUCCUCUCUGGAAUGGCCCCAAUACCGCGCCGUGCUCCGCAGAUACAUUGGUUACGUCGAGUCAAAACCGGAACUUCAGAAACAGUUGGUCAGGCUUCUCGGCAAGUUUGUGGACGCCCUCGCGGGGGCGGUUUCGGUCACGGGUCAUAAUACGAUGGACGUUGACUCGGCAGGUUCUGGAGAGAAACCGACAAAGUGCAGACUAGCAGCUACAAUGCCUGCAGGUGAAAAGUUGAGCGAGGAUGUUCUAACCAAUAUACUACCACCACUCCUAGACCAUAUCCACGAAAAAGACGAAAUAACUGUUAGCUCUCGCGUUCCGGUCGGCAUCAUCAUCGUCAAGAUCCUGAAACUGCUCCCGGCGGAGGCGCUCAACCAAAAGCUUCCCGGUGUGCUUACUGAUAUCUGCCACAUCUUGCGAAGCAAGGCCUGGGAAUCCCGCGAGAUGGCGCGGAGCACCCUCUCGAAAAUGACAUCGCUUCUGGGGCCAACUUACUUUGGUUUUGUGCUCAACGAGCUGCGCGGCGCGCUUACAAAGGGUUACCAGCUUCAUGUCCUAUCGUAUACGAUGCACACAAUUUUAGUCAAUGUGAUCCCCGAAUUCGAGUCUGGUGAUCUAGACUACUGCCUCGACAAAAUUGUCGGUGUCAUAAUGGACGAUAUCUUCGGCGUCACGGGCCAAGAAAAGGAGGCGGAGGAAUACAACAGCAAAACGAAGGAGGUCAAGAGCAGCAAGAGCCAAGACUCGAUGGAACUCAUCGCACGAACCGCCUCUAUCGGCCAUCUUGUCCGUCUUAUUCAACCCCUGCAGGCAUUGUUACUUGAAAAGCUAGACCUCCGCAUGGUGCGGAAGAUUGACGACUUAUUAUCCCGGAUAACUUCCGGCCUAUUGGGAAACCCAGCGGCUAACAGCCGAGACACCCUAGUGUUCUGCUACGAGGUUAUCCAGCAAGUAUACGCCAGCGAGAAGCCCAGAGCAGAGCAGAAGUUGGACCCAAAACUGAGACGAUAUCUCCUUCAGAAAGGCGCCAACAAGAGUGGUGAUCGUGGCACGACCAGCAAGCACACGUACAAACUAGUGCGGUUUGCUGUCGACGUUCUGCGGUCAGUUCUGAAGAAGCAUGACAGCAUUCGAAAUGCCGCCAACAUCACGGGAUUCAUCCCGAUGCUAGGUGACGCGAUCGUCGGUGGCGAGGAAGAAGUCAGAAUAGCUACCUUCAAGCUCCUAACGGUCAUUGUCAAGGUUCCAUUUAAAACUGACGACGGCACAAAACUCUAUAAAGUAGCCUCGAAGGAGGCGUGUAAGAGCAUUUCCAUGUCCACCUCGAUAGCGACAGACCUCCCCCAGAGCGCCCUUAAGCUUAUGUCUGUCAUUAUACGAGACCGCCGCGAUGUCACAGUGAAGGAUGCGGCGGUAGAUAUGCUUCUCAGCAAGGUCAAAGACGACCUGACAGAGCCCCUCUAUCGGCACGUCACAUUCAAUUUCCUGCGGUCUGUUCUGGACCGGAAAAUUGGGACAGCCGCAGUUUACGACACCCUGGAUUAUGUUGGAUCGAUCAUGAUUACCAAUGAUGAUAAGAACACUCGAGAUCUCGCUCGUGGAGCCUUCUUCCAAUUCCUGCGCGAUUAUCCUCAGAAGAAGAAUAGGUGGGCUAAGCAGCUGAGCUUCGUCGUGGCGAACUUGAAGUACGAGAGAGAAGGUGGUCGACUCUCUGUCAUGGAGAUCGUGCAUCUCCUAUUGAUGAAGUCCUCCGAUGACUUCGUCCAGGAAAUUGCAACAACCUGUUUCAUCCCGCUCAUUUUCGUCUUGGUUAACGACGAUAGCGAAAAAUGUCGGUUGGCGGCUGCGGAGUUGAUCAAGGAGAUAUUUCGGAAAGCGGAUAAGGAGCGAACCUCGAAUUUCCUCAAGCUGGCGAGGUCCUGGACCGAGCGGGAUGACAAUGCCCAAGUAUUACGUCUCGCCGUCCAAACGUUCGCGCUCUACUUCGAGGCAAGAGAAUACAGCUCGAGAGACCGUAAAGAUUUGGACCUUGUGCUUGACUUAAUGGCCAACAUCCUAGGGAGCUACUCGACUUUUGCGAAUGACCACGAGCUAAUCACUACUGUCCUUCAGGCGGCGCCCAUCCUCAUAGAGAGGCACCCGGCAACGACGUUGGCGCACGAAAGAUUGUGGCAGCUUAUACCGACUCCGCUCUCGCACCCAGACCCCACAGUCAAACUGUCAAGCGUUAGGCUGUUGAGAAUCUAUCUGGCAGAUUUCUACGAGAAUAAGAAAGGAGGCGGAAGCUCGCGAGAUAUAGUUGGCUCACAUGGUCUUCACUUACAGACGCAAAUGGUUGGGCAGCUGAUUCUCUACGCCGUGGGCGUUCUAAGUCCUGUGGCGGUGCGAAGGUGGAAAAGAAGAAUGCAAAGGAGAGGCAAAGCCGUGCCAUUUGAUAUUGGCUAUGAUGAUGCGUUCUCAACGAAAAGCCCGGGGGAGAUAGACGAGACCCUCGCAGCAGAGGUUGGCAGGGUAAUCUUAAUGCUCACUAAAUUUCUAGAUGUUGGUGUGGCAGACACCGGCUCGCCUAAGAGAGAUGGAGAUGGGAAGCCCGAUGUCAACAGUGAAGGCUCGGGCGACGAAGAGGAAGAAUGGGGCGGCGUUGACGCCGAGGAAGAUACCACUCGUGGGGACAUUACCCUCCACACACUGUUUAUCUGGCUUUCGGACAUCCUCAUCGAGGAGACGCGCCCGACAGCCGGUGCGCUCGUGCCCAAGGUGGCAGCGCUCGAGAUCCUCAGUGUGCUCGCAUCGUCGUUGCCGACGGCAGCGCUCGAGCCGUUGCUCAACAUGGCACUAACGCCGCUGCACCACCUAACCGACCCCUCGAUCCCGACCACCGCGGCGACCGGCCCUACCUCCUUAGCCGCAGCCGCCGACGCCGACGCAGUGGCCUUCCAGGCACGACGCGAGGACCUGCGAGCGCGGGCCGCCGAGGCCAUGGACGGCCUGCAGCGCCGCCUCGGUGCCGCGGCGUACACGCGUGAGCUGCUGGCGGUGCGCGAGGGCGCGCGCCAGCGUCGCGAGGCGCGCUCCCGCAAGCGCAAGAUCGACGCCGUCGCGAAUCCCGAGCGUUACGGUGCCUGGAAGCAGAGCCGCCUCGAGAAGAAGGUCCGCAGGCGCAAGGAGAAGGGCCUCCGGAACCGGGAUCGGCGGCGGGAGUGGUGA